ACAUUUCUUCAAUAUUUGUCUUAAACUUCACGUGUUGUAUUGUUUUUACUUUUGCCUUUUCUCUUUAAAAUCUAAUAUUUACAAAUUUGCGAAUUUCUUUUGCCAUGGAAUCAUUUGCAACUACACCCGGCUUUUGUCCUGUAUGCGGUACUAUACUUCCAGAGCUUAAGCUUACAGGCAGUGUUGGCUGUUACAACUGCAAAAAUAAUUUCGAAGCGGACGUAUUUGGAGAAAUGGAAGUAGAAUACACAAUACACUUCAAUUCUUAUGAUCCGGAGAAAAAGGGAACAAAAAUAAAACAAGAAAAAGAAGAGCCCGAUGGUCCAGUUGUCGAGCGAAGAUGCCCAAAAUGUGGUUUCAACAAGAUGUCAUACGCGACAUUACAGUUACGUUCAGCAGAUGAAGGACAGACGGUUUUCUUCACGUGCCUCAAAUGCAAAUUCAAAGAAUCGGAAAAUUCUUGAACAACUCUGGGCGACGAUUAUUUAUUCACUUGUUUGCUGUUUUCAAAAACAUUUCCUAUUAAAAUAAAAAUUAACAUAUUUUUGAAAAUCUACAAAUGGAGAAAGA